CGUUUUACUGACAGUACGCGAAUGCAGCAUUAAUAGUACGUUGUUCUUCCGGUGCCAAAAGGUCAUUCGUUUAACAGAAGGGAGUCUCCAAGAAAAUCCUAACCAAAAACCGUCUAAAAGAUACUAAAACCAUGUCCCACACCAUCCUGCUGGUGCAGCCCACCAAGAGGCCAGAGGGGAGGACGUACGCUGACUACGAAUCGGUCAACGAGUGUAUGGAAGGUGUGUGUAAGAUGUACGAGGAGCAUUUAAAGAGAAUGAACCCCAACAGUCCCUCCAUAACAUAUGACAUCAGCCAGCUGUUUGACUUCAUUGAUGACCUGGCUGACCUAAGCUGUUUGGUGUAUCGCGCUGACACACAGACGUACCAGCCGUACAACAAGGACUGGAUCAAAGAGAAGAUCUACGUGCUGCUUCGCCGUCAGGCCCAGCAGGCAGCAAAGUGAGGCCUGACUGCAGCUGCAGGGGCGAGCGGAUCACUGUUGUUUUUCUUGUUUGUAACUUGUGUUGAAAUGGAGUGAACUCCCAACUUUUUAGAAGUUUUUGAAAGUUUUUUUUCUCCUGGAGGGAAGGUGCAUUUUUUUAUUUUAAUGUUCAACUUGUUAAUAAAGAUUUACUUUGAAUAACACAA